AUACUUGAGAUCGCCAAUGUUCCGAUAACAAAACAAGUCACCCCCUCAUUCUCCCAGCCCAACCCCCAAUACUCACUUCCUGCUGCUGCCUCGCACUCCGCUGCUCUCUAUUAUAUAAACCAGCUCGCCCUGUCACACUAAGGACUUGCUGUUCAUCGCCCUCUAUACGCCGUCGGAGAGGGGCGCCAGACAACCAGAACAGCACCGGGAACACCGUCCCGCAGGCGUCCAGCCUUGGUCUACCGCCACCAUGCUGAAAAUAUGGUCUAUGAAAGCAAAGGAGCAAGCAGCUGCCAACGCAAAUGGCACGAAAAAGAAGAAGGUCACAGCAGCCCAACUGCGCGUGCAAAAAGAUCUCGAAGAGCUUGAGCCGAGCAGAACAUGGCACACCGAGUUCCCCGACCCAAACGACAUCCUCAACUUUACUCUUACGAUCGACCCGGAUGAGGGCAUGUACAAGGGGGGCCGCUUCAACUUCUCCUUCGCUAUCAACCAGAACUUCCCGCAUGACCCGCCGAAAGUAAAGUGCACGCAGAAGAUAUACCAUCCGAAUAUCGAUCUCGAGGGCAAUGUGUGCCUGAAUAUCUUGAGAGAGGACUGGAAGCCGGUGCUGAACCUUAAUGCGGUUAUCGUUGGAUUACAGUUCUUAUUCCUCGAACCCAACGCCUCCGACCCUCUCAACAAAGAUGCAGCCGAAGACUUACGGUCAAACAGGGAGGGAUUCAAGAGGAACGUCAGGACAGCAAUGGGCGGUGGCCCUGUGCGGGGUGUGCCUUUUGAGAAGGUUCUGAAGUAGAAGGCCCACGGUAUAGAAGCAUAUGGGAACUACGGAGAUAUUUUUGGUUGGGCAUCUGAGGCGUUUUAGCACAGCGGGCUCUGGGAGUUUAUUGCGGAGGCUUCGGUCGUCGCAUUCGUAGAGGAAUGCCCAUAUAUUACUACAGGAAUUCAUACUCUCAAGA